UUUCAAUUCAUUUAUCUGCAGGAAUGAUUGCGACUAUCAGUCUAGAGCUCACCGCCUGACUGAGGAGGUGAAAGUUGCGCCACAGGAAGAUAAACCGCAAAAGACAAUAUUGCAUGUAUACAUGAUUUUGCGUGUGCAUCGGAUGCGCGGUAUAGGGGAAUUCCUCGCGUCUUAGAAAGUAAACAGAAAAUCGGUGGAUUUGAGAGUUUGCUCAGUCGAGUGAGGUCCAAGAGAUAGAGAGAGGGGGAGGAAGAAUAUCUGUGCGUGAUUUUUUGAUUUCUGCUCUCAGUCGUCUCGGCGAGUCUAGACUGAAGAUGCUCUUGGACGCAGGACCGCAGUAUCCCACCAUAGGAGUCACUACUUUCGGCUCCUCACGGCAUCACUCAACAGGCGAAGUCACAGAGAGAGAAGUGGCGUUGGGGAUAAAUCCGUUCGCAGAUGGGAUGGGCGCCUUCAAAAUAAACCACAGCUCCCACGACAUUGGCUCCGGACAAACGGCGUUUUCCUCCCAGGCGCCCGGCUACGCAGCAGCCGCCCUGGGACAUCACCACCACCCGACCCACGUUGGCUCUUACUCCACGGCGGCUUUCAACUCCACCAGGGACUUUCUCUUCAGAAAUCGGGGUUUCGGGGACGCCACCGGGGCGCAGCACAGUUUGUUCGCCUCCGGAAGUUUCGCAGGGCCACAUGGACACUCAGAUGCAGCGGGGCACCUGCUCUUCCCAGGGCUCCACGAGCAAGCGGCGAGCCAUGCGUCUUCCAACGUGGUCAACAGCCAGAUGCGGCUGGGCUUCUCGGGGGACAUGUACGGACGGGCCGACCAGUACGGCCACGUUACGAGCCCACGAUCCGACCACUAUGCCUCGACCCAGCUGCACGGCUAUGGCCCCAUGAACAUGAAUAUGGCCGCACACCACGGAGCAGGGGCCUUCUUUCGAUACAUGAGGCAGCCGAUCAAACAAGAGCUCAUCUGCAAGUGGAUCGAGCCGGAGCAGCUGACGAAUCCCAAAAAGUCGUGCAACAAAACUUUUAGCACGAUGCACGAGCUGGUGACCCAUCUGACGGUGGAGCAUGUGGGGGGACCAGAGCAGACCAACCACAUCUGCUUCUGGGAGGACUGCGCCAGAGAAGGAAAGCCAUUCAAAGCCAAAUACAAACUUGUAAAUCAUAUCAGAGUACACACCGGAGAAAAGCCCUUUCCGUGUCCGUUCCCCGGCUGUGGCAAAGUAUUUGCUCGAUCGGAAAAUCUAAAAAUUCACAAAAGGACGCACACCGGUGAGAAGCCUUUUAAGUGUGAGUUUGAUGGCUGCGACAGGCGGUUUGCAAACAGCAGUGACCGCAAGAAACACAUGCACGUCCACACGUCGGACAAGCCCUAUCUCUGCAAAAUGUGCGACAAGUCAUACACACACCCCAGCUCCCUCCGAAAACACAUGAAGGUCCACGAAUCCACCAAUCCGGGACCGCAGCCAUCUCCAGCGGCCAGUUCAGGGUACGAGUCCUCCACACCUCCCACCAUAGUAUCCCCGUCCACAGAGAACCAGAGCAGCAGCUCCAUAUCACCAGCAGCCUCAGCAGUACACCACACAACCAGCCACAGCACGCUGUCGUCAAAUUUCAAUGAAUGGUACGUGUAAAUAUUUUUGAACAAAAAGAAAAAAGCGAGAGCGAGAGAAAAAAAGAGACUGCAGAAUUAAAAAAGAAAAACUGCUUGGAAUCAAAGACUUUAUAAAGUCAGCCAGUGAGACAUGGACUGAGAAAACACGGGAGGCCCCACACAGUUAAAGGCUGUCUUAAUGUCGAUGAGAGAGAAUGCAUGGACUUAAAGGAGGCGAGGACAGCCACCGAGUUAAAACUUCUUUUUCCUUUUUCCUCAAUAUUUCUUUGAGUCUUUAUUUCUACUGAGAGACUGCUCAGAAGAGAUCUCAAAAAGCAUGCUAUCUCCGGGUAGAGGCCUGAAUUUUUGUACAUAAGGAUUUCACCAAGUUGGGAAUAAAAAAAUGUAAUAUUUUAUUUUGUAAAUAGUUCUAUCACAGUUUAAGGGAAAAAUUUGUGACAAAUGUGGUCCCUAGAUAUAUGGAAAAAUGAGAUGGUUUUAAGAAUAUUGCGAUGAAUAGACUUCAUUGAAAAGAAUGUUAUAGUUGUGAACCAAAUGUGAAUUAUUCAGUAUUACUACAGUCUACACGUCGACCUAACCGACUCUUAGUAUUAAUGUGCUUUUGUAGCCUAUUCAGUGCAACAUUUUCGUCCAAGGUCCAGUUUGAGUAGCACCAGUAUCAUUGUUGUUAUUUAAUGUCAUGUCGAUAAAUCGUGUAGUGAAAGCCUGAAAUUCCGUGUCAAUCUGUUUAUGUACGUGAUAAAUAUAAAAUCUCUGUCAAUUGCUUUGUCUGAAAGGAAGUAUUAUUACAUGUAAGUAGCUCAAUUUUCCAUAUUUAUCCGCAUGUAAAGGACCGGUAACAUGUUAGAAGCUGAUCGGUAUUUAUGGAGAAAUGCGCUCGUAUGUAAAAUUUAGUUUACAAAAAAAUGUUUGGAUACAUUUCGUACUAUAUUAAAGGAUUAAAAAAUACAAUAAUGCAAUGCGUUGGGAGGUUUUUGGUUUCAUUGGUGUGUUGAGGGUGAUCUGUGUGACACUAAAUGGGUGCUUUAAAAUAUAUAUUAAUAAUUAGCUGCACACUGAGGUGGACUUUUUUUUUUGCUCAUAAUAAUGCAUUUAGCACGGGUUUAAGGAAGCUGCAUGUGUGGAUGCACAAAUGAUUUAACUCUUUAGUGUGUGUGUGUGUGUGUGUGUGUGUGAGAGAGAGAGAGAGUGUGUGUGUGUUGUGUGAGUGUGUGAGAGAGAGUGUGUGUUGUGUGAGUGUGUGUGUGUGUGUGUGUGUGUGUGUGUGAGCAUUUCAUUCAAAGCUAAAGGUUUAACCGCACUGUCACAACUUCCCUGACAGUCAAUAAUAAGUAAAUUCACUCCCCCUUUUUUCCCCUGCAUCUUCUGUUUAUCCAAAAUUAACAUCCAACACUUUGCCCUCCAGUAAUGUGCAAAUUAAAUCGAUUAAUCACGGCGGUUGUUCCUCAGUGUAAAACCGGGGAUAGUUUGGCUUACUUAAUUGUUCGGGAAUCUAAUUUUCAAAUCUAAUUUAUUUUUCCCCCUUUUCUGCAGUUUGUCGGAUUUCAUAGAUUUAGGGCGAGCUGAGGAGUCAAUGUGGCCCCCUCAUUGUUCCUGGCUGCAGCUUGCUUGACCGCCCCAUUAGGCAGAGAUCACAUCAGCAGCCGCCAGUGAUCAUGGUUAACACUGCCAGUGCGCGCGGAGCCACGAUCUGUCAGUCUGCAGCUUUGUCAGAAAAAAAAAAGAAAAGCUGCACACACCCCGAAAAGAAAAUGCAAUUUUAAUCGUAAAAAGAAUCCACACACACACACACACACACACACACACAGCAGCAGCAGCACAGGAGGUGUGUGUGUGCGCGCGCGUGCCCGUGCGUCCUCACCAGCCAAAAUAAAAACAUCCACCAUCUUAGAUGAUUUGCUGAAAUGUAUUGAAAUGUAUUCAUAUUUUCUUUUCACGGACUAUUAAAUUUGGAGAUAAAUGAAGGAUGGUAAUAAAAUGACUUUUUCGACUCUAUUUAACACUAUCUAUCUAUCUAGGUUCCAGUGCUGAUGCUCCACUGAUGCACUGCUGCUAUAGGAAGGGAAGAAUAAAAUAAAAUAAAAAAAAAAAAAA